AUGGACGAUAUUAUUUCUCGAACACCGAUUUCAAAUGAUAAUACCAGUUCAAUAACUGUGGAACUUGAUGAUCGUAUCUCUUUCAAUGAAAAAAGCACAGGUAGUACGUCAAUCAGUAAAACAUCUAUUAAUGUUGUUCAUGAACCAAAAACUAUUGAUUAUAAAGCAAGGCAAACUUUAAUUCGUAAACUUGACUUACGUUUAUUACCGAUUCUUUCAAUUAUCUAUUUUUUAUCUUAUCUUGAUCGAUCAAAUAUUGCUAAUGCAAAAAUAGGUGGUAUUGAACAUGAUAUUCAUCUAACUUCCGUACAAUAUCAAUGGUCUUUAUCAAUAUUCUUUUUUGGUUAUGUACUUUUUGAAGUUCCAUCAAAUAUAAUUCUUAGACGAUGGAGACCAUCUCGAUGGAUUUGUCUGAUCAUGUUAAUUUGGGGAACAAUAGCAGUAUGUAUGGCUGCUAUUUCAAAUUUUACCGGACUUCUUAUUUGUCGUUUUCUACUUGGCGUUUUCGAAGCUGGUCUUUUUCCAGGUAUUAUCUAUUUUAUGAGUCUUUGGUAUCCAAGAAAAAUGCAAGCAAUUCGACUUGGAUUCUUUUGGUCAUUUUCAGCAUUAGCAGGUGCAUUUGGUGGUUUAAUAGCGUAUGGUAUUGGUCAAAUAAAAUCAUCAAAAAUUGCUCAUUGGCAAUUAAUUUUCAUUAUCGAAGGAUUUCCUACUAUUCUAAUGGCUAUAUGUUGUUGGUUUUUCUUACCUGAUUCACAUGAACAAGCACGAUUUUUAACUGUUGAACAACGUCAACUUGGAAUUGAACUUUUAGCUGAAGAUUCUGGUGCAUCUCAUAAUCAUUCAUUUUCUUGGUCACAAGUGAAGUCUAUUUAUACUGAUUGGAAGACUUAUGCAUAUGCAAUUAUCUAUAUAACAGGCACAACAGCAUUACAAGGUGUAACACUUUUUCUACCAUCAAUUAUUGUUGGAUUAGGAAAAUGGACACCAGUUCAAUCACAAUUAAUGACUCUUCCACCUUAUGCAAUUGCAUUUAUUGUGACACUUUUACUUUCUCGUAGUUCGGAUCAUUUUAUUGAACGUUCAUUUCAUCUUAUCUUUACAAAUCUUAUAUCAAUCUCUGGUUUUUUAAUUCUUAUGUUUGUUGAUCGAAAUCGAUCUAGUAUUCUCUAUUUUGGUAUUAUUCUUUUAACAUCAGGUGUCUAUGCCAAUGUUAGUUUAAAAAUUGCAUGGUUUAAUAAUAAUUUUGCCUCACUUACUCGUCGCGCUGUUGCAUCAGCUACUAUUGUCUCGAUCGGAACGAUAGGAGGUGCUGUUGCAGGUCAAAUCUAUCAAGAUAAACAAAAACCACAAUAUUUCUUAGGAAAUACUAUUGCACUUUCUUGUAUUAUAGUACAAACGAUACUUGUAUUAUUACUUCGAUUUAUUUUUAUCUAUGAAAAUCGUCGUCGAGAAAGAUUUACCAUCGAACAAAGUCAAAGACAAAUUCAGCGAUAUGGUGGAAGUGAUUUGGUUGGAGAUCGUCAUCCAGACUUUCGUUAUACUUUAUAA